AGCCAUUCAAUUGUUUUUUUAUUUUAAAGUUUCGCGGUUAUAUCCCCAAAUUCUUCCAUUUCUUCUCUUUCUCUCCUCCAUUUUCAAGCUUCUAGCAAUCCAAUCAACAGCCAAGUAAAUAAAUAAAUUCCCAUCGGAGAAGAAGCUCGCGUUUUACUUGAUCGCUUCUUCUUCUUCUUCGGCUUCCCUCAAUGUUCUCCGAAACUGUGCCGUCUCGAUCCGAACCUGGUAACUGAGGAAAUUCCUCAUGGCGCCAUCUAGAAAAUCUAAAAGUGUAAAUAAGAAGUUUUCUUAUGUUAAUGAGGUUGCUUCUAGUAAAGAUGGAGAUAGUAGUGCUAAGAGAAGCGGGCAACGGAAAAGGAAGUUGUCUGACAUGUUAGGGCCUCAAUGGACUAAGGAAGAGCUUGAGCGUUUCUAUGAAGCGUAUCGCAAGUAUGGGAAAGAUUGGAAGAAGGUUGCUACUGUGGUACGAAAUCGAUCUGUGGAAAUGGUAGAAGCUCUGUACACUAUGAAUAGGGCCUACUUAUCUCUCCCGGAAGGCACUGCUUCUGUGGUUGGACUCAUAGCGAUGAUGACUGAUCACUAUUGUGUUAUGGGAGGAAGUGAUAGUGAACAAGAAAGCAAUGAGGGCGUGGGAGCUUCUCGGAAACCUCAGAAGCGUAGUAGGGGAAAACUUCGAGAUCAACCCUCUAAAAGUUUAGAUAAGUCAUUUCCUGAUCUUUUGCAAUUUCAUUCAGCUGCAUCAAGUUAUGGUUGCUUGUCAUUGUUGAAGAGGAGACGCUCUGAAAGUAGGCCCCGUGCUGUUGGAAAAAGGACUCCUCGUGUUCCUAUUUCUUUUUCUCAUGACAAAAACAAAGGAGAAAGGUACUUUUCACCUAUUAGGCAGGGCAUGAAACUAAAGGUGGAUACCGUUGAUGAUGAUGUUGCUCAUGAGAUAGCAUUAGUUUUGACGGAGGCAUCACAAAGAGGUGGAUCUCCUCAAGUUUCUCGAACACCAAACAGAAAAGCAGAGGCAUCUUCACCUAUUCUCAACAGUGAAAGGAUGAAUGCUGAGUCAGAAACUACUAGUGCCAAGAUUCAUGGUAGUGAAAUGGAUGAGGAUGCUUGUGAAUUGAGCUUAGGAAGCACUGAAGCUGAUAAUGCUGAUUAUGCUAGAGGUAAAAAUUAUUCAAUGAAUAUAGAAGGGACUGGUACCAUUGAAGUUCAACAGAAGGGAAAAAGAUACUACAGAAGGAAGCCAGGGGUUGAGGAAAGUGUAAACAAUCAUCUGGAAGACACAAAAGAAGCCUGUAGUGGGACGGAAGAAGAUCAAAAGUUAUGUGAUUUCAAGGGAAAGUUUGAAGCAGAGGUUGCAGAUACCAAACCUUCUAGAGGCUCCAUCAAGGGUCUAAGGAAAAGAAGUAAAAAAGUGUUGUUUGGGAGAGUUGAAGACACUUCCUUUGAUGCCCUGCAAACUCUAGCAGAUCUGUCCUUGAUGAUGCCAGAAACUGCUGCUGAUACUGAGUCAUCUGUGCAGUUCAAGGAAGAGAAAAAUGAAGUUGUUGAGAAGACUAAACUGAAAGGAAACCAUCCUGUUUCUGGAGCUAAAGGCACUGCCCCCAAAACAUGUAAACAGGGAAAAGUUUUUGGUCAUGAUGUUCGUGCUAUUCCCGAGGCAAAGGAGGAAACACACCCAGGUAAUGUUGGAAUGCGGAAAAGGAGACAGAAGUCCUCACCAUAUAAAUUGCAGAUUCCAAAAGAUGAAACUGAUGCUGAUUCUCAUUUGGGUGAAUCUCGAAACAUUGAGGCUUUAGAUGAGGUAAAGAAUUUUCCAAGCAAAGGUAAACGCUCUAAUAAUGUUGCACAUUCAAAGCAAGGGAAAUCAGUGAGACCUCCAGAGCAUCGUUCCUCAAGUACUGAUCAUGGAAGGGACUUGAACAAUUCAGCUCCAUCUACCAUACAGGUUUCACCUGUUAACCAGGUCAACCUACCCACAAAAGUCAGGAGUAAGAGAAAGAUAGAUGCACAGAAACAAGUGAUUGGGAAGGAUAUAAAGUCCUCUGAUGGUAUUGUGAAGGGAAAAUUUAGUGUUCCAGUUAGUUUAUUCCAUGACAGAGCACUCAAUCUGAAGGAAAAGCUUUGUAACUUCCUAUGUCCAUAUCAAGCACGGAGAUGGUGUACCUUUGAGUGGUUCUGUAGUACAAUUGAUUAUCCAUGGUUUGCUAAAAGGGAGUUUGUGGAGUAUUUGGAUCAUGUAGGAUUGGGUCAUGUUCCAAGAUUAACUCGUGUUGAAUGGGGUGUCAUAAGGAGUUCCCUUGGCAAGCCACGAAGGUUUUCUGAGCAAUUUUUGAAGGAAGAAAGAGAGAAGCUUUAUCAAUAUCGGGAAUCUGUUAGAACGCAUUAUGCUGAACUCCGUGCUGGUAUUGGUGAAGGACUUCCAACUGAUUUAGCUCGACCUCUAUCAGUUGGACAGCGUGUUAUUGCUAUUCAUCCAAAAACUAGAGAGAUUCAUGAUGGAAAUGUGUUAAUUGUUGACCAUAGUAGGUACCGGAUUCAAUUUGACAGCACUGAGCUAGGAGUGGAAUCUGUCAUGGAUAUUGAUUGUAUGGCUUUAAAUCCAUUGGAAAAUUUGCCUGCUUCCCUUGUGAGACAAAAUGCUGCUGUCAGGAAAUUUUUUGAGAACUACAAUGAGCUCAAAAUGAACGGGCAGCCAAAAGAAAGCAAGAUGGAAGAGAACAUCAAAUUUGCUUCGUGUGAGGAGAAUGCCAAUAGUCCCUCUCGAACUUCCCCAUCAACUUUCAGUGUUGGCAAUUUAUCACAACUUGUUAAGGUUGAUCCAUCAAGUCCUAAUUUACAACUUAAAGUUGGGCCUAUGGAAACUGUUUAUACUCAGCAGGCAGUAAAUUCCCAGCCUUCUGCUCUGGCGCUGAUACAGGCGAGGGAAGCUGAUGUUGAAGCUCUUUCUCAGUUGACUCGUGCUCUUGACAAAAAGCAUUUGCAGGAGGCUGUGGUCUCUGAACUACGGCGUAUGAAUGAUGAGGUGUUGGAAAACCAGAAAGGUGGGGACAACUCUAUAAAGGAUUCAGAUUCUUUCAAGAAGCAAUAUGCUGCUGUUCUUUUACAGUUAAAUGAAGUCAAUGAGCAGGUUUCUUCUGCUCUCUUUUCCUUGAGGCAACGCAAUACAUAUCAAGGGACCUCCUCAGUUAGAUUGCUGAAGCCCUUGGCUAAAAUUGGUGAGCAUGGUUGUCAGUUGAGCUCUUUUGAUCAUUCUAUGCAUCAUGCCCAAGAAUCUGUAUCCCAUGUGGCUGAAAUUGUUGAAAGUUCAAGAACGAAAGCUCGGUCAAUGGUGGAUGCAGCUAUGCAGGCUAUGUCAUCCUUGAGAAAAGGGGGGAAAAGCAUCGAGAGGAUUGAGGACGCAAUAGAUUUUGUAAAUAACCAGCUUUCGGUGGAUGAUCUUAGUGUGCCUGCUCCGCGGUCUUCUAUCCCAAUAGACUCAGCCCACAGUACGGUAACUUUUCACGAUCAUCUCACUGCCUUUGUGUCAAAUCCACUGGCAACUGGUCAUGCACCUGAUACAAAGUUGCAAAAUUCGUCUGACCAAGACGAUCUUAGAAUCCCUUCAGACCUUAUCGUGCAUUGUGUAGCCACCUUGCUCAUGAUUCAGAAGUGUACAGAAAGGCAGUUUCCACCUGGAGAUGUUGCCCAGGUACUAGAUUCUGCUGUUACUAGUUUGAAGCCGUGUUGUUCACAAAAUCUCUCAAUUUAUGCAGAGAUACAGAAAUGUAUGGGAAUUAUUAGGAACCAGAUAUUGGCGCUGGUACCUACAUAGACCCAGUACUCAUUCCUCGAUUGUUGUUGUAAAAAUUUGUAAGGCUCUUCCCUCAACUCUUAUCCAUCUUAUUUACUCCUUUUUUUACCUUUAAUAGGAAUCAAUACAUGCACCAAUUAUUAUCAACGUAACCUAGUAAAUUCAGUCUGUA